AUGACUUCAGAUGAUGGUGCUGAAAAGGACGUGGGUUUGGAAUUGUCAAUGGGGCCUUGCGGUGAGAUUGAACCGUUUGGCGAGAUGUGGGACAAUGAGCAUUCACACAGGGACUCAUACUCACCUGGUUUUACAGAGGUGUCAGACGCUCCGUCUGCGCUGGCCAGUGGCUACAAGCCAGACAAUGCGCCUGAGCGGUCGUGGCAACAGCUUGGUGCAAAGCCUCUGCAACAGUUCUGGGAGCAUGGUUUUUGGGGUGAAAUUUUUGGUAAUGACUCUGAUGCCUCUUCUUCAGCUGCUCGUACAAAUACGCUGGGUUUACAUCGACCGAUAGUGCCUAUGCAUACAGGUGAGGUGGAGCUUUUAGAAGAUGUGGCUGGAAGAGGUUCGGAAUCCAACAAAAGGCUCAAACAUGCUACUUACAUGGAUGUGGUGUCCAAUUGUUCUGUACAAACCUGGCGUGAGCAGCGAGACAGCAUGUGGGAGACCGCAGUGAGACGCUGGCACAGCUGCAUAAUGUCCUGGGAUGGUGACGAUGCAAUCAUAGGACUGGUCAAGAACAAGGAGGACUUUAAGGCUCAGUGCCAGAUUGUGGUUGACGUUCUGCACAACAAAGCACCUGCAACACUCCUGAAGAGGUGCAACAGCAUUUCACGUUUGGUUAAUGAUUUGCACAAACAUGGACGUGUUUUCCCUUGCAGUGAGGAGGACUUGUAUGAUCAUCUUUGCAGACAGAGGGAUGAGGCUGUGCCAAGCUCUCGACUCAAGUCGCUGCUGGAAGCGGUAACAUUUGUCCGACAUAUGUUUGGAGUGGUGGGCUUGGAGCCGUGCACGAAGAGUAGGAGGUGCAUGGGCGUUGCUACGCCAAUUCAAGUGAACAUCAUUAAGCAGGCGCCACCACUUAGGGUCGAGCACUUACUGGCGUUGCAUCAUGUGAUUGAUUCAGAUGAUGAUCCAUGGAACAUUUGUUUUGCAGGCAUGGUUUUGUUCUGCGUUUACGGCAGGGCUCGGUGGAGUGAUGCGCAGCAUUCUCAACAUAUUGAAUGGGACAUGGACAUGGAGGGACAAAUUUGUUACGUCGAAUGUUCCACUGCUGUUCACAAGACAUGUCGUGCUUUGAACAUGAGACAUUCCUUUUUGCCGUUGACGGCGCCUGGGCUGGGAGUUGGAGAACGCAACUGGGCUGAUGCUUGGAGGCGUGCGAGGUUGCAAUUGGAAAUUGAUGACCUGUCAUAUCACCCAUUGAUGCCGGCACCCGAUGAACAUGGCCAGGCAACAGUCAGGCCCCUUAGCACUAAGGAGGCAGGCGGGUGGUUGACGCUGCUGUUGAGGCAGAAGGUGGAAGUGCUGAACCUGUCGGAGCCUUUGAAUUACACCUCACAUUCGUUUAAGGCAACAGCAUUAUCAUACCUUGCAAAAUAUGGUUGCAGUUUUGAAGACAGACUUGCUUUGGGGUAUCACGUUGACCAAGUGCGCAUGGCGUUGAGAUACAGCAGAGAUGGGGCAUCUCGCCCACUCAGGGUCCUUGAGACAUGUCUUGCUGACAUUAGAACUGGAAAGUUUAAACCAGAUGUCACAAGAAGCGGACGCUUUGUUCGGAGCCUGGACCUGGGCGCAGAGCCGGUUGGUGGUGAUGUUGCCGAAAACUUGCAUGUGAAACAAGAAGUUGUUUUGGCUUCAAGUGGUGUUUUCGAGGCAGGUGAGGUUGUUGACAUCACAUCAGACCAUGUGACAACUUGCAGUGAUAGCAGCAGUGACGACAAUGCCGUUGUCAUGCCGAAGAAUCCAACUCGUACCUUGCUCAUUCCUCAGGGCGUUGACGUUUGGAAACAUGUGAAACUUAAGACCGUUCACUUAGCCCUGGAGGGAUACGUUCGGAUCUUGGCUUGUGGCAGGAAGAUUUCAGAGAACUACCAGAAAGGUGGUGUUGAUGCGGCAGCCAGCAUGAACUUUGUGGGAGGGCAAUGUGCCAAGCCAGUGUCUGGAGGCGAGUCCAAGAAGGACAGCUAUGCAGGAAAGUCUCUGGCGAACAUUUUGAUGGUUGAGCUGUACGCUGGGUCAGCGCGUCUGUCAAAGGCGUGCCAACAGGUUGGAGUACGCAGCAUAGCAGUGGACAAGACCACUCAAAGAUCACAGGGCACUCGUAUUUUUGUUUGUGAUGUGACGGAUGAAGCGGAGCUUGGUAUGUUGCAAUCCUUCUUGAGCGCAGAGCAAGACAAUUUAGCGUGGGUGCACUUUGCACCGGCUUGCGGAACCGCUUCAAGGGCACGUGAGAAACCUAACCGCAGCCUUGAGAAAGCCGGUUUCCGCGUGCCCAAGCCUUGCAGGUCUGAUGAAUUUCCUCUGGGACUCCCCCAUUUGACUGGAACCGAUAAGGAACAGGUGGUGACGGUAUCACAGUUUGGAAUCCCGAGAUCACCGGAGGUAGUAACUCAGGUGCUCAGGGACAAUUUGGAGAUGGAGCCCUCGGAGCUGGCAUUGGUGAGGUGCCGACAGCUGGCUAGGUGGGCAGUAAGAGCAAAGCAGCUUGGUGAAGCGGAACAGCAGUUCAAGCGGAGUAUGCCGGAGCACUUGCAGUUUUCGGUGGACACGCUGAAGAAGCUUGCAAAGGGUUUGAAUAGGGCCAUCAUCAGCCAACUUAGUGCUGAGAACGAUGAUGACGAAAUCGUGCGGCAGACCUGGGACAACUCUGGAGGUUCUGUAGGAGGUUUUCUCCGCAUCAGUUUGGCGGUCUGGUAUGUUGGCUUAGUGAUGUUUCGUUUGGCCUGGACAGCGUAUUUUGACGACUAUACAAUUUUUUGCAGAGACAUGUUGAUUGGCAACACGUCAAAGACGGUUGACAAUUUGUUUGACUUGCUUGGAAUCGAGGUGGCCCGUGAAGGGAGCAAAGCCACAGGUUUUUCCAAACAGUUCAAGAGCUUGGGGGUAGAGCUUGACUUAAGAGACUUCUGCAAGGCGGAGGCCCGGAUUGGACACACUUCAGAAAGGCGAGAAGAGAUUGGUGCCGUGCUGGAUGACAUCCUUAGAGCCUCCUGUGUUACCGCAAAACAGGCGGAAUCACUUAGGGGCCGUUUGCACUGGUUUGAAUCUUUCGCUUUUGGCCGUGUUGCCAAUGGAGCUGUGAAAACUUUGGGCGAUUUGUCGCUGCGGGGGUUGAAACAGGUUGUCUUGCGACCCCGGGAAAUCAGGGAUCUUCGUUUCUUGAGAGAUAGGGUGCUGCAAGCGCCACCUUUGAAGCUGACUCCGACCUGCCUCCUGUCUUGGGUCGUUUUUACGGAUGGAGCCUGCGAGGGUCCUGAUGGUGCCAAAACUGGCAGUAUCGGAGGAGUCUUGGUAUGCCCUCGCGGGACCUUGGUUCAAUUUUUCGGUGGACUGGUCCAAGAACCCGAUUUAUGA